CAUUUUUAUUUGACAUUCACAGCAACCAAACAAGUGUGAUUGUUGUUGGCAGCCAUGGAUUAUUCUUGUAAUAAUAUUACUUAAUGUUGGCUUUGGUUCGGCAUUCUACAUGGGCUUGAAGCUUACUAUGCCAUUUGUUUUGAGAUAAUCUCUUGGGAUUAAUGAUUUAAACAUGGCGAGCUGCUUCAGCUUUACAGCGUCGAGAGACCGACUGUACCGGUACUUCUUCGCCUUCUCCGGCCUCCGCUCCGUCGCCACCACCCUCCGAGACGGCACCGUCAUGCACUGCUGGGUGCCCAGAAUCCACAAACACAGCAAGCCCUCCCUCCUCCUCAUCCACGGCUUCGGGGCCAACGCCAUGUGGCAGUACGGCGAGGUGCUCCGCCACUUCAUCCCGGACUAUAACGUGUACGUGCCGGACCUCUUGUUCUUCGGCGGCUCCCACACGCCGCGGCCGGAUCGGACGGAGGCGUUCCAGGCGCGGUGUUUGAUGAAGCUGAUGGAGGAGAAUGGGGUGAGGAAGAUGAGCCUGAUUGGGAUCAGCUAUGGCGGGUUUGUGGGGUACAGUAUGGCGGUGCAGUUUCCGGCGGCGGUGGACAGGAUGGUGCUGUGCUGUACGGGUGUGUGCUUGGAGGAGGAGGACAUGAAGUCGGGGCUGUUUGUGGUGGCGGACGUGGAGGAAGCGGCCAACAUUCUGAUGCCGCAGACGCCGGAGAAGCUGAGGGAGUUGAUGCGCCUUUCCUACGUCAAGCCUACAAGGGGAGUGCCUUCUUGCAUUCUCUCUGAUUUCAUUCAUAUUAUGUGUAAAGAUUACCUAGAAGAGAAGAGAGAACUGAUCCGGGAGAUACUCAAAGACAGAAAGCUUGCUAAUAUCCCAAAGAUCGAUAAGCGCACACUCAUCAUCUGGGGAGAGCAAGAUCAAAUCUUCCCGCUGGAAUUGGGUUACAGACUAGAGAGGCAUAUUGGGGAGAGUGCAGAGCUGGUAUUGAUCAAGAAUGCAGGGCAUGCAUUGAACCUGGAGAAGCCCAAGGUGUUCAUUAAGCACUUGAAGAAGUUCCUGCUUGUUGACCCAACUCCAUCGUUCCCACCACCAAAACCAUGGAGAGAGCAACUGUAAUUAUAAUUAAGUUGAUACAUACAUCCAUCUAUCCGGAUCCGGUUUUGUUCUUGUGUAGUACUUAUUACAAAAGGUUUAAUUAUCCUUGAUUCCAAGGAAUGAUUUGAAGUGCUUAUUUUCUGUACAUUAAUUCAAACUAAUUAACUGAUCAACCCUUCAUUAAUUAUUUC